GCACAGGCAGGAGGGGUUGGACUAGAAGACCUUAACGUCCAGUUCCAACUCUAACAUUCUACGAAGUUCGCCGUGUUUGAGGAACUAUUGACGUUGAGUUGCACGAAGGCUUCCCACCCUGCGAAGAGAAAAUUGUUACUCUGCUGCUUGUUGGCGGGGGAGGAGGCUGGUGCGACUCUGAGGCGGCGGCAGCAGCAGCGAUCCCAGCAUGUGAAAAGAGGACACUGUAGCAGCCCCUGAGGAGGACACCGCAGCACGAGCGAGAUUUUGGAAGUGGGGCCGCUGCUGCGCGGCGCAGCCUGCAGCGGCAGCCGCUGCCCGAGAAGCUGCUGGCUGAGCGCUGGAGGAGGAAGAGGAGAUGGUGGCGGGCAGCGGCUGAGGUUCUUCCUUAAUUUUGCUGACUCAGAUCACAGAUUUCCAAGGAGAGAGAGAGAAGCACAAAUGCCAGAGGAAAAUCUCACACAAGCUGUCCAAGGAAAAUUACUAUUGCUGAGAUAUUAAUGGCUUUUGUGAGGAGUAUAAAUGGAUGUGAGCAAAAGAUGCCCCCAUGGCUGUAAGAAAAUCCAAAAGUUGAGAACUUUGUUGAUCUAUACUUUCUCAGAGUUUGAUGAUAAAUUCUCAACAGGUUAUCUUUGGAAAACACAGGCACCCUUCAUAACUUCAAGUUUCUGUCUUUUAGAUAAAAUGCUCUGAAUAUAAUGGGAAUUGUACCUGACAGUUUAGACUGUAAUUGCUUGCUGUAAUGGAAGUUAUAAUUCUGGGAUUUGGAUUCUCUGCAGUUUUUGCUUGAACAAGAAAGCUCUUGAAAGCAAAAAAAAAAAAAAAAAAAUUAAUCUCACAAAUAGGUGUAACAAUUGAGAAAAUUGUUUUGAUUUAAAACUAUGACUCCUUGCAGAUAAUACUGGCAAGGUAUGACAAAAAGCAUCAAUUAUUUUAGUUGGAAUACAACUAAAGUGUUCUAAGAAUGCCCAGGAGAGGCUUAAUAUUUCAAGCCAGGACUCGAUGGCUGAUGGUUGGUUUUGCUUUGCUGUUGAGUUUGCUGCUAUUCAUGUACCUUCUUGAAUGUGCUCCACAAACAGAUGGGAAUGGCUCACUUCCUGGUAUUAUAGUGGAGAAUUUUGGCAAGGAACGCUACCAGGCCCUCUUGCAGGAGCAAGAAGAACACUACCAAACCAGAGCUAUGAGCCUCAAACGUCAAAUUGCUCAGUUAAAGCAGGAGCUCCAAGAAAUGAGUGAUAAAUUGAAAUUGUUACAGGAAAAGAAAAGCCCUAGAGUCAACAACGUGGGCUACCAAGGCACCAAAGAACAAGCACCCAAUGAUCUCUUAGAAUAUCUGCAUUCACAAAUAGACAAAGCUGAAGUGAGUGUUGGGGCUAAACUGCCUAGUGAAUAUGGAGUCAUUCCCUUUGAAAGUUUUACCUCCAUGAAGGUGUUCCAGUUGGAGAUGGGGCUUACCAGACACCCAGAGGAGAAACCGGUUAGAAAAGAUAAGCGAGAUGAAUUGGUAGAAGUAAUUGAGGCUGGCUUAGAGGUAAUUAAUAAUCCGGAUGAAGAAGAUGGACAAGAUGAAGAUGAUGGAAUAGGGGAGAAACAGCUUUACAAUGAAAAUGAUUUCAUAGAAGGUUAUUAUCGCACUGAGAGAGACAAAGGGACACAAUAUGAGUUGUUCUACAAGAAGGCAGAUGAUAUGGAGUACAGGCAUGUCUCAUUGUUUCGUCCAUUUGGGCCCCUAAUGAAAGUGAAGAGUGAAACUAUUGACAUCUCCAGGUCAAUAAUAAACAUCAUUGUUCCCCUUGCUGGAAGGACUGAGGUUUUUGCACAGUUCAUGCAGAAUUUCAGGGAAGUGUGUAUUAAUCAGGACAGAUGGAUUCACCUCACUGUAGUAUAUUUUGGACAAGAGGGACUUUCUGAAGUCAAGAGCAUCUUAGAGUCAGUUGCUAGAGAGGCUAACUUCCAUAAUUACACUCUGGUUUCCUUGAAUGAGGAAUUUAAUCGUGGUCGAGGACUGGACGUGGGUGCAAGAGCCUGGGAAAAAGGCGAGGCCUUGAUGUUCUUCUGUGAUGUUGAUAUUUAUUUCACGGCUGAGUUCUUAAAUAGCUGCCGCUUGAAUGCUGAGCCAGGCAAGAAAGUUUUCUAUCCUGUGGUAUUUAGCCUUUAUAAUCCUGCAAUUGUCUAUGCUAAUCAAGACGUACCACCCCCUGUGGAGCAGCAGUUGGUGCACAAGAAGGAUUCUGGUUUUUGGCGAGACUUUGGCUUUGGGAUGACUUGUCAGUAUCGAACAGAUUUCUUGACUGUUGGUGGGUUUGACUUGGAAGUCAAAGGCUGGGGUGGAGAGGAUGUUCACCUUUACCGAAAGUAUUUGCACAGUGACCUAAUUGUGGUCAGGACUCCAGUGCCAGGCCUCUUUCACCUCUGGCAUGAGAAGCAUUGUGCUGAUGAACUGACUCCAGAGCAAUAUCGCAUGUGUAUCCAGUCUAAAGCAAUGAACGAGGCAUCUCACUCUCAUCUUGGGAUGUUGGUGUUCAGGGAUGAGAUUGAGGCCCAUCUGCGGAAGCAGGCAUACAGGACUAACAGUGAAGCAAUAGGUUAAAAUGAUCCUGCAAUCCUAAGACUCUAUAGUGCUAUGAACCAGCAUCCUUCUAAAGCCUUAAUAAACUAAGCUAAAAAAAACUGCAGUGCCUCUCUCCCACUGAACAGGAGUUCAAAGAUCUUUUUCCUCUGGCCAGCUGUUACAUACAUAUCACACCAGACUAGGCACUUGAAUGAAAUGAAGUGUUGCAGUUUGCUUUUGCAAGCUUGACUGCACACCAAAGGGGGAAAAAUUAACUUUUAUGCAUCUAGAUUUUUAUUUAACAUUUUCACUUUUCAGAUUUGCAUUAUGUGAGGGUAAGGAUCACAAGCGAACAAUAACUGUCUUCUCCAUUGCCUUUGGUUAUUCAGUACUGCUUAUUUUGCUGUAGUUUUUAGAAAGAGAUUUUUAAUGUAUGCACUUCAUGGGAAGAAUAAAACACUGAGGCAAAAGCCACUGAAGAAUAUGUGCAAAAGCAUGGUUUGUUUUGCAGCUAGAAUCCACUGAAUUAAUAUUAACAGGUGCAUAAAUAUAUGCAAAUAUAUGUAUAUACAUGAAGUUGUUAAAAGAGAGGCCAUUGAGUGGUUUACAAUAUUGUCAUGCUGUUCAUGAUCCGAUUGUAAAUGAGUUGAGCUUGUGUACUAUUUGCUUAUCCUAGCUAUCGGCCAAAUAUGUUUUUUUUGCAUGUUUCAAGAUGUACAGAUAAAGGCUGUCUUGAACACAAGCAGUUCACUUCACUGCCUCAUUAUGACACUUCUGAUGUCUCUUGUUCUUCGAAUAAAUGCUGAAAUUUGCCAAGUCACCUAGAUGAGGACAGGGAAUUGGAACUACUGCAUUUAAAAAGUAGACCGCAAUGCUAACUGGUCCAUUUUUUCCCCUUUGCUUUACUUUUAGCAAUGGGCAUAAGAAUGCCUCCUGCUCAAGCCUUAUUGAAAUAAACAGCAGUUAAAGAGAAACAGAGCUGUGCUUUUGUGUAUUCCUUAUCCAUUUCAAAUGGGGCUUGCAAAGGAGACACUAGCAGCAUUAUGCCCACUGAACUCGAGGGCAAUGAAAAAAGAUACAGCUUUUAGUUCUGAAUGACUGUGUAAUGUUUGGAAAUGGUUCUGGACACUGAUCCCUUUUUCACAUGUACUUUGCCUUUAUAUAACAUUGUGGAGAACAAUGUAAUUUGUCUGACGUGAGGAGAAUGUAAUGCAAGUUGGCUUGCUGAUGUGUUCUCUUUUUCAUUAAAUUGAAUACUCUUA